GGCGGGGGUAGCCGGCGGCGCCCGACCCCGGCCCCUCACUCCCCUAACGCCUCGCAUCCCGCGCGGCCCCAGCCGGGUUGGAAGACUUGCGGGCCCGCUCGGGGAGGCCCGGCCCGGGGGCGCCACGCGCACGGCGCGAGGGGCGCGGGCUGCCGGGAGGAGCGCGGAAUGGUGGGGGGCGGGGGGGGGGCGCGGGCGCAUGCGCCCUGCACCCGUGCCAUAUUGGAAUGAGUCGGAGCGCGGAGCGCCGCCGCCGCCGCCGCCUCCGCCGGAGCGCGGGUGGAGGGGGGCGGGGAGAGCUGCCGGCCGCCCCGCUCCGCCGAGCCCAGCAGGAAGGAGGGCGCGAGCGGGCGAGCGCGGGCGGCGCGAGCGGAAAAAGCGCCCGCGCGGGGAAGCGAAAAGAAGGAAAGAAAGAAAGAAAACGGGCGCGAGAGGAGGGAAAAGCCAGCGAUCGAGCGAGGGCGCGCGCGAAAACUCCCGGCAGGUGUGCUAAUGACAUUGUGAUUAUAUAGGAGAAUGCCCUUAUUCCUGGGGGACAGCAGCUGAAGCGUUUAGAGGAAUCCUAUAGGAAUUUCUAUUGUGUGAAUUCCAGCAAGAUUCACGGACCAGCCCCUGACUUUUUAAGGAUCAGGUACACACAGUUUUGCCUCCUUCACUGCAUCAUUUUGCGGCAAAUCUUGAGUAUUACAUUACUUCCACUUUCAUUUGGACCCUUGGAUGCCCACUGAACAGAUGCUUGAGACCUGCAAGUAAUUUUCAGACCAUAGCGGAACCAUAAGGCCUGUCCUUUGCGUGGGGAGAAGACAGCCCAUGUUCUGUGGAAAUGAACGGGGAGCAGCAGCUUGAUGCAGAUGCUGGAUCUGGUGUGGAAGAAGUGGAGUUAAGCUGGGAAGAUUACCUAGAAGAGACAGGGUCCGCUGCAGUACCCUACGGAUCUUUUAAACAUGUGGACACACGCUUGCAAAAUGGCUUUGCUCCUGGGAUGAAGCUGGAGGUGGCUGUGAAAACAGACCCUGAAACCUACUGGGUUGCCACCAUCAUCACCACCUGUGAGCAGUUGCUGCUGCUCCGCUACGAUGGCUAUGGCGAGGACCGGAGGGCGGACUUCUGGUGUGACAUCAGGAAGGCCGGCCUCUACCCCAUUGGGUGGUGUAAGCAGAACAAGAAGACCCUUGAAGCCCCGGAAGGCAUCAGAGACAAAGUGUCUGAUUGGGAUGAGUUUCUGCGGCAGACCCUGGUGGGAGCGUGUAGCCCUCCUGUUCCCCUGCUAGAGGGCCUCCGUAAUGGGAGGAACCCUUUAGAUCUCAUUGCCCCGGGCUCCAGGCUAGAGUGUCAAGCUUUCCGGGACUUGUUGAGCACUUGGAUCGUUACGGUAGUAGAGAACAUCGGAGGAAGGCUGAAGCUGCGCUAUGAAGGACUGGAAAGUUCUGACAGUUCUGACUUUUGGUUGUAUUACUUGGAUCCAUUUCUUCAUCACGUUGGUUGGGCUGCUCAACAGGGAUAUGAGCUUCAGCCCCCAUUAGCCAUCCAGCAUCUAAAGAAUGAAGCUGAGUGGCAGGAGAUCCUGGCCAAAGUGAAAGAGGAGGAGGAAGAGCCAUUGCCAUCGUACUUAUUUAAGGACAAACAAGUGAUUAGCACUCAUUCAUUCUCUGUAAAUAUGAAAUUGGAAGCUGUGGACCCCUGGUCUCCUUUUGGGAUCUCUCCUGCUACGGUUGUUAAGGUUUUUGAUGAGAAGUACUUCCUGGUAGAAAUGGAUGAUUUGCGACCAGAGAAUCACGCACGGCGAUGUUUUGUGUGUCAUGCUGACAGUCCCGGUCUUUUCCCCGUGCAGUGGAGUCUGAAGAAUGGUUUACACAUCAGCCCCCCUCCCGGCUACCCGGGCCAGGACUUUGAUUGGGCUGACUACCUCAAACAGUGUGGUGCCGAAGCUGCUCCCCAGAGGUGCUUCCCCCCGUCAAUUACUGAGCAUGAAUUUAAGGAGAAUAUGAAGCUUGAGGCAGUGAACCCUCUUCUCCCCGAAGAAGUGUGCGUUGCCACCAUUACUGCAGUGAGAGGCUCCUACGUAUGGCUCCAGCUGGAGGGUUCUCAGAAGCCCAUACCUGAAUGUAUUGUGAGUGUGGAAUCCAUGGAUAUAUUUCCUUUGGGCUGGUGUGAAACCAAUGGCCAUCCCCUCAGCGCCCCUCGCCGAGCACGAGUCCAGAAACAGAGGAAAAUUGCAGUGGUUCAACCAGAAAAACAAAUACCAUCCUCCAGGACUGUCCAUGAGGGGCUGAAGAAUCAGGAGCUGAACUCCACAGACUCAGUUAUGAUCAAUGGAAAAUACUGCUGUCCAAAGAUAUACUUCAACCACCGUUGCUUCUCAGGGCCAUAUCUGAACAAAGGAAGAAUCGCUGAGCUGCCUCAAUGUGUAGGACCUGGGAACUGUGUUCUAGUCCUCAGAGAGGUCCUCACCUUACUUAUCAAUGCAGCCUAUAAACCCAGUCGUGUCCUUCGGGAGCUGCAGCUAGACAAAGACUCUGUGUGGCAUGGAUGUGGGGAGGUCCUAAAAGCCAAAUACAAAGGAAAGAGUUACCGGGCUACUGUUGAGGUAGUGAAGACAGCGGACCGGGUGACCGAGUUCUGCCGGCAAACCUGCAUCAAACUGGAGUGCUGUCCUAAUCUCUUCGGCCCACGGAUGGUUCUGGACAAGUGUUCUGAGAACUGCUCUGUGCUUACAAAGACCAAAUAUACACACUAUUAUGGAAAGAAGAAAAAUAAAAGAAUCGGAAGGCCACCUGGUGGGCAUAGUAACUUAGCAUGUGCCCUGAAAAAAGCCAGUAAGAGAAGGAAGAGACGGAAAAAUGUUUUUGUCCAUAAGAAGAAACGCUCCUCUGCAUCUGUUGAUAACACCCCAGCGGGCUCGCCCCAGGGAAGUGGAGGUGAAGAUGAGGAUGAUCCAGAUGAAGGAGAUGAUGAUUCCCUAAGUGAGGGCAGUACAUCUGAGCAACAGGACGAGCUACAGGAAGAGUCAGAAACGUCCGAAAAAAAGUCAUGCUCUUCCUCUCCCACCCAAAGUGAGAUAUCUACAUCACUGCCUCCAGACAGACAACGGAGAAAAAGGGAGCUUCGCACUUUUUCAUUUUCUGAUGAUGAGAAUAAACCUCCUUCACCAAAGAAUAAAAUAGCUCUGACAUCUUUUGGUUUGCUUUUGUUAUGGGGACUGAAGGAAAUAAGGAUUGAAGUUGCUGAAAGGCUUCAUCUGGACAGUAACCCCCUGAAGUGGAGUGUGGCAGAUGUUGUUCGGUUCAUCAGAUCCACCGACUGUGCUCCAUUAGCAAGAAUAUUUCUAGACCAGGAAAUUGAUGGGCAGGCCCUAUUGCUCCUUACCCUUCCCACUGUUCAAGAAUGCAUGGACUUAAAAUUGGGCCCUGCCAUCAAACUCUGCCAUCACAUAGAGAGGAUCAAGUUUGCUUUCUAUGAGCAGUUUGCCAACUGAGAAGGACAACCAAAGUGAGCUGUGUCUUUGAAGCACAAAUGCAGCGAAUCCUUCUCCCCACUCUACAAGUGGCGCUGACACGGUCCUGGGGCUCCGGGCCCUGCAGACGUCGGCUUGCUCUCUUUGCACUUUCAGGGAAGGAGGACCCACACUGAGGAAGCAAACACUGCACAGAAGUGGCUCUCCUGCCAGUGGAAAUGUGGGCAUCUGUUGGUCAGCAGAUUGCAGUUUUAAAAAAAAUAAAGGUUGUGAAGAAAAGACUCCUGUAAGAAGAAUAAGCAUUUCCAGUGGUGUGGCCUGAAAACAAAGAAUAAUCUAGGCUGCUGGAAAGCAUCCUUAUGGUUGUUUUCUUUUUGUUCUGUUCCUUCCCAUUGUAGAGUGAACUUUGUUCUCUGCUUUCCCUUUCUUGGAAAGAGAGGACAUAGCUUUAAGUCAGCACUGAUUUGGGACUGUGCCUAAGGCACAUCAGUGCUUCAUUGUCAUUGUGUUUUUAAGCUUUUUUAAAUUAAAACAGUUCAUUUUGGGGAUGA